UUUGCCCGCUGUGCCUUUUUGCGUCUGGAACCGUUUGCUAGCUCGCUCCAGGGGUGUCUCUUUUUUUGGUUUUCACUGGCUUUUUGGACUGGCCCCGCUCCGUGCUGCGGAGAGGAGCUGCCAACUCGGGACAAGUGUGCGGGGCGGGAGCGGGGCGCAGCCGGUGCCUCCUCGCCCAAGUGAGCCUCGGACUGCUUCCCGGGAAGAGCCGGCUCGCCCAGCGUCCAGCACCUUUGCCACUUCUCCUCCUCCUCUUCCUCCUCCCCCCCCGGCCCUCCCGGCCUCCUCCCUCACCCAAGGAUACUGGGGGCUCCCUCCGGAUGCCGCUCGGCAGGCUCAGUGCUCGCAGGCUGCCUUGCCGGGGGCUCUCCUGAUCUCCGUGGAUCCGCAGCGCUCGCCCCGGUCGUUUUGCUCCCCCCCAUCCCCACACACACGCACCCCCUCCCUCUCUCCCUUUCCCCCCCUCCCCCCCUCCCCCCCCUCUUUUUUCACUCCUGGUGGCCUUGUCGGGUGUGUUUUUUGCCUGUUGGAAAAGUCCCUGCUGCCCAGGAUGGGGGUCGGUGGGUGCUUAGCCCUGCCCUGGAGGUGCCUGGUCGUCCUCUGUCUCAGGCUGCUCUUCCUUGUGCCCGCAGGAGUGCCCGUGCGCAGCGGAGAUGCCACCUUCCCCAAAGCGAUGGACAACGUGACUGUGCGGCAAGGGGAGAGUGCCACGCUCAGGUGCUCCGUGGAUAACCGAGUCACCCGAGUGGCCUGGCUGAACCGCAGCAGCAUCCUCUAUGCUGGCAAUGACAAGUGGUGCUUGGACCCUCGGGUGGUGCUCCUGGCCAACACCAAAACCCAGUACAGCAUCCAGAUCCAGGAUGUGGACGUGUACGAUGAGGGCCCCUACACCUGCUCCGUGCAGACAGACAAUCACCCCAAGACAUCACGUGUCCAUCUCAUCGUGCAAGUGUCUCCGAAAAUUAUCGAGAUCUCUUCUGACAUCUCCAUCAACGAGGGUGGCAAUGUCAGCCUCACCUGCAUAGCCACGGGCAGGCCAGAUCCAACAAUCACCUGGAGACACAUCUCACCCAAAGCCGUGGGCUUCAUCAGUGAGGACGAGUACCUGGAGAUCACGGGCAUCACGCGAGAGCAGUCGGGCGAGUACGAGUGCAGCGCUUCCAACGACGUGGCAGCGCCCGUCGUCCAGCGAGUCAAAGUCACCGUCAACUACCCACCAUACAUCUCGGAUGCCAAGAGCACUGGGGUGCCUGUGGGGCAGAAGGGCAUUCUGCUCUGUGAAGCCUCUGCUGUCCCCUCCGCCGACUUCCAGUGGUACAAAGAUGACAAGAGGCUGGCUGAAGGACAGAAAGGCCUGAAAGUGGAGAACAAAGCCUUCUUCUCCAAACUGACCUUCUUCAACGUCUCCGAGCAGGACUAUGGCAACUACACCUGCGUAGCCUCCAACCAGCUAGGAAACACCAAUGCCAGCAUGAUCCUCUACGAGGAGACAGCUACUGCCCUGACACCCUGGAAAGGCCCCGGUGCAGUGCACGACGGGAACAACGGCGCGUGGCGGCGAGGCAGCUGUGCCUGGCUGCUGGUCCUGCCGCUCGCCCAGCUCGCCCACCAGUUUUGACACCAGAGCAGCGGAGCAGCGGCGGCGGCGGCGGCGACGACCACAGCCAGCGAGUGCAAGCAGAGAGGAGAGGUUGAUGAUGAAGAAGUGUUCACCGUUUCCGAAAAAUAAUCAUAAGAAUUGAGAGAGUAUCCGGCCAGGCCACCUGGGGGAGGGGGAGAGAGGAAAAACACGCAAAAAAAAAAAAAAAAGCAAUGGGAAUUUGCAAAGGAGAGAAAAAAAAAUAAUCCAAGGCUUCCUGCUGCAAAUGCAACGCAACUGAGUCUUUUUCUUUGCCCCCCCACCCCCUCCCUCUUAUUUUUUUCUUUUCUCUUUUUUUCUUUUUGUUUCCCACCCCUUUUUCCCCCAUUUUCACCAUUCUCUGCCACAGGCCAGCGCGGAGCAUGGGAGGGGCCAUCGGGGCACUCUGCCUCCCCCACCCCCCUUUGCUGCCCCCACCACCCAGUCCCUCCCACAAGGGACCCCUCUGUCCAAUGUGCCAGUUUUCUUCUUCGCCGAGAUUUCCCCAUCUUUUCAUGGACUGUGCCGCCAUUUGUGUUCCAGAAUAUAUAUAUAUAUAUAUCCACAUAUACAUAUAUAUAUAUAUAUAUAUAUAUAUGUAUAGAUAUAUAGAUCUUCAACAGUUUCUACACCACCACGAAUGGAAAGGGAGGAAGGAGACCGGCAUCGAGCCACGUGUUCAUCGUACCACCCGCGGACAUCGUGAAUGAUAAGGGAUUCUGAGUCAUGGUUAAUUUUAUUAAUUAUAUUUUCUGAUACAAGCCUAGAACUCUUUAGUUCCGACAAAACAGAAAUGCAAAAAAGAGAAAGAAAAAAAAAAAAAAAGAAAAAAAAAAGGAAAAAAAAAAAAAACCACAAAAGAAAAAACAUCCAGAAUGGAGAGGGGGAGCAAGCGGAGAGAAGUUGGUUUGUCGAGCGCUGCGCAGCCCAGGAGGCGACUGGCUGAGGAGGUUUGCGAGCCCGGCGAGUUGGCAUGGAGGAGGAGAAGGAGGAAGAGGAGAAGGAGAAGGAGGAAGAGGAGAAGGAGGAGGAGGAAUAGAAGGAGGAGUGUCGCGCCAAAACCCCCCAAAACCGGCCCAAAAAGUGGUCAUCCGAACAGUUCCCGCCGAGGACAUGGGCGACACUUGCCACGCGUCAAGGCGGAGGGAGACGCAGAAUCUUUUUAUGGGAUAUAUAUAUACAGUAUAUAUAAAUAUACAUAUAUAUAUAUAUAAUUUUUUUCUGUUAGCGUUCUAGCCACGGUUCCCAGCAGGGUCCUUCCGCUGCCAUUACUGCAUGCUGUAUAUGGAGUUAGGUGUGUAUCCACGAGGCCCCAGCACCCCUCGCCUUUCCACCCUCGGGCCGCCAGGGACGAGGAGCCACGGGGGACCGGGGCCCAUCUCCAUCGCCCUUUGCGGUGGAAUAAAGCGAACCGAGGGAGAUCUA